GUAUACCCGGAAAUCUUCUGCGGAAGUUGAGUUUUUUGCGUCGAUUACAACACUCGGCAUCUUGGGCUUAUCCCUGUAGAUAGUAAUACAAUUUGUAUAGAUGCUCCUCUUAGCUGCUAGAAAUUCGAGCGGCGCAUUUAAGUUGUGGAGAAAUUGAAUUUUGCGAAAAUUUCAGAUUCGUGAGGGUUUGGGGUUCCGAAGGUUGCGAGGCAGUGCUGCAGGCUUGGAGAUGGCGACCAUGGUGCACAAGCGUCCCUUGGCAGAACAAAUUGCUUUUCCAGGGCUGGUGGAGCAUUACAUGUCACGCAUAUGGCAAUUUGACGGCGAGAUCAAUGCUGUUGUAGAAUCAAGUGCAUGUGUUCCUGAAGUUCCAUUUCCUGAUAACCAAACCAGUCCCAGAUCUCUUGAAGGCCUCCCGUUUCUAGUGAAAGAUAACGUUGAUGUCGAAGGCUUUCAUACGGUUUGUGGGGGUCUUGAGUUCGUGGGAAAUCCUCCAGCAGACAAGGAUAGCAAGCAUGUGGCAAUACUCAGGCAACUGGGCGCAAUUCCAAUCGGCAAGACGAAUAUUCCAUACCUUGGGCAAGAUGUACAAACAUUUAACGAAGUCUAUGGGCGAACUUGCAACCCACAUAACCUAGAGCUCUCAGCUGGGGGCAGCUCAGGAGGCUCUGCAGCUGCUGUAGCGGCAGGAAUGGCAGCAUUUGCCACUGGAUCUGACUGGGCUGGGUCCUUACGUAUUCCUGCAGCUUUCUGUGGUGUGAGCUCGUUACGAGCAUCAAGAGGAAGGAUGGGGUAUGAAGAAGAUGAUGGCAUAAUUCCUCCUUUUCCGGGUCAUGUGAAAAGCCUUACUGGUGGAGUGCUGGUCACAGGUAUCUUAGCAAAAACGGUUACUGAUCUGAAGUUUGUAAUGGAUGCUGUCUUUCCAUUGAUACAAGGCGAAGAACUGCAGGAUAAAAGACUCACCUCAUCAACAGAUUCUAACACUGUUGGUGUGUGGACAUCUUUCUCCGGUGUUCCUCUUGAUGACAGAAUAAGAAAUGCUAUGGAGGCCAUUCCUAGGCUGCUUGAAUCUACUCAAAUUUCUGACAACGUACCCAGAUUGGUUGCAUGUUUAACGUCGGGACCCUCAUUAGGCAUGGUUCGACUCAACAAAGCGUUGCGAGCAUUCACUGAAGGUUUGAACUUUGGAGAUAAGAAAAUGACUAGCAAGCUAAAGCAAACAUUCGACGAGGCAACAAACACACAGAGGGAAGAAGAAGACAUCGUCGAUGCAUUCUUUUCAGAGACCAGAUUUGCUGCUCUUAUUACUCCAGUUUGUGCCAUUUUACCGCAUGAGCAUAACUUCGAUCACCGUCCUUACCUUGUUAACGGAAAGGAAGUUCCCUACUGGAGAGCCCUUACAGGUUACGUUACACCAUUUUCGGUUACAGGCAACCCAGUUGUAACCAUGCCUCUUGGUGUCAUAGAUGGCAAGCCCCUCGGCAUUCAGGUUGUAGGUCGACGACAGCAAGAUGAGGAACUUUUGAAAAUCUGUACGUUACUGGAGCACCAACUGGGGCCGAUACCAAACCUUGUGCAACAUACAUGAAAGCAAUAAUUUUCAGAGGUUUAUCAUCAAAUAUGGGAAAGUUUUUUGUUGUGUAUUUCACUGGCUUUUCAGUCAGAAAUAAUAUUCGUGUAUGUACGAUGGAGUGAGGCACUGAUUUCUUCAAAAAUACGAUUUCCUCCAAUUAGUAUGCAUAGAUUAAGACGUCUAAUAAUUGGAAUGGGCUUCAAGCUGCAUACAUGGUAGCAUCCUAUCCAUUCUUACCAAAUCUUUCACUGGAUGGCCAGCACAGCUUCCUCUGCAUUUAGUAUAUCACUGCCAUAGUGCAUAUUAAUUCACAGGUAACAAGUGGAUGAUUGUUCUGAAGCCAUAAUUCCUGCUUGGAUGAUCAAACAAGUGCCAGUUCUCUAGGUC